CAAAUGUAAUUUGUAAUUUGCCCAAAGAGAAAUCUCUUACCAAACCUAUUUCAUUUCUCACUAAAAUGGUGAGAUUUGGUGAGAUACAAGUUGAUUGGCUGUAAAAUAUUUAUAAUAUCUAGAUUGUCCCUUAAAAUGCAAUGGAAGAAUAUUUCACUCAUCCAAACAUGAUAACGAGAAAACAUAAUCACUUUUUUUCUUUUCUCAUAUAGAUGAGAAACCACAAUAAUGUCUUUUUUGUUUUUCACUCUUCGAUAUAAAUUGCGUUUGUACUUCUUUUUGAACAGAAAUUGCGUUUGUACUUGAAACCUACUUUUUUGAUUCGUUGGGUUUUUACUUUAAUAUGAAUGCUGAACUUAUUGAAGAAUAUACAAUAGUUAAUCAAGUUAACAGAACCUGUAUUAAUGACUCUAGUUGCAAAAGAAUAUAUACAUUAGAGAAUGUGAAUCAUUUUUACUGAUUUCUUAUUAAAAAACGGGGAGACAGAAGAAAAGAAGGAACAGAAAUAUAGGGUUCGAAUGUAGCACUCUAAAUUAAAUAUUAAAAUAUGUGUAUAUGUUCUUAUGUAUAUUAUUAUGAUGUAUAAAAAGUGUGCAGGUCUAGGAAAUUAACUUCCCGCAAUUAAAAUUUGCAGAAGUAAGCAAUUUAUGUUACAUAUUGGAUAGAAGGGAACAUAAGCGGUCUGAGAAUCAUGCUACGUGUGGAUGAUGUCAAGAAAGGAUUGGUACCGUGGAGGGUAUUUUUUUGAUUUAACUCCCUGAUUAAGAAUCGGAUAGCUCAAGGCAUGUUGACAUAGAUACUUCGAAGGAUUCAAGUGGUCCAAGGAGGAAAUGCAUCCAUUUGAAUUUUGCUACUUGCCAUGGUUUUGGUGUCUCUAAAAAGUAUCACCUUCCAAGAGAAAGGAUUUACCGUUUGGAUGGAGAGGUUUGGUGAGAAAAGAAAGAAAAUGGAGAGAAUGAGGUUUCUCAUCACUUGUUUGGAUAAUUAAUGAGGUGAAAAAUGGUGAGAAAGGAAGAGAAAUAGUGAGAAAGAUAAAUCACUCAAAAUUUAAGUUGUUUCUCACCAAAGUAGUGAGAAACCAAAAUUACUCUUUAUAAAAAAUUUAUAAUACCUAAAUUGCCCCUCUAAAUGCAAAACAAAUAAAAUAAAAAGAUACAUGUAUCCUCUUUUAAACAAUGUUCAUCCAAACAAGAAGACGAGAAGAGGAGAAGCCACAAUAAUUUCUUUUCUUCUCUCAGCUAGGUGAGAAACUAUAAUCAGUUCCUUUCUUUUCUCACCUCACAAUCCAAAACUAAAAGAUUGAGAGUUGAAGUCAAACAGAUUCGCAGAUUCUCCAGAAGAGAGAAGAUGCAAAGAACAAAUGUUGUUGCACUAUUGUCAUCAAGUGAUGUUCUUAGUUGUAGCAACACACAAAAUGGGCCUUCGAUAGAGAAAGUAAACCCUGCAGGUGAUAGUGGUACUUCAGGAAGGUUUGAGUCUGCAAGUCAGGCAUCAGCACCAAGCACUUUGAAUGCAAUUUUGAUUGAACACUCUGAAGCAUUAUUAAUUGGGUAUUCAGCAGAGAACUUCAAGAAAUCGGAAGGGUUGACUUCUGGGCCAGGGAAGAAAGGCUGCAAGAGGCGUGGCUGGAAUCGUGGUACUUCAGGAAGGUUUGUGUCUGCAAGUUGGGCAUCAAGCACUUUGAGUGCAAUUUUGAUUGAACAGUGCAAGACAGUAUUAAAAAAAUUGAUGCAACAUCAGUAUGGUUGGGUUUUUAACACUCCCGUUGAUGUAGUAAAGUUGAACAUUCCUGAUUAUUUGACUGUUAUAAAGCAUCCAAUGGAUUUGGGGACAAUAAAGAGCAAGAUUGCUUCCAGUGAGUACUCAAGUGCGUUGGAAUUUGUAGCUGAUGUCAGACUAACUUUCUCUAAUGCUAUGACCUACAAUCCACCAGGAAAUGAUUUCCACAUCAUUGCUGAUACUUUGAGUAAAUUUUUUGAAGCAAGAUGGAAAGUUAUUGUGAAUAAACUUCCGAAGGAUUCCCAGCCAUUACCAGAAAAAUCAGACGUACAUGAAGAAAAGGGGACUAUUAAGGCAAUGCCUCCAUCAAAAAAAAGAAAACUUACUUCACCGCAACAUAAAGCUAUGCCUGGCCAUGCAAAGAGAAUAAUGACAUAUGAGGAAAAACAUAAGUUAAGUAGAGACUUUGAGGCUUUGCUGGGAGAGUUGCCAGACAAUAUUUUUGAAUUUGUGAGGGAUCAGAUUUCAAAUGGAUGGGAAGCUAGAGAGGAUGAGAUUGAAGUUUAUAUUGAUGAUCUCAGUGAUAAUACCUUGUUCAUUUUACGGAAGCUUCUAGACGACUAUUUACGAGAAAUACGAAAGAACUAAGCAAAAGCCAAACCCUGUGAAAUAGAGGUACUAAACAGAUCAUGGCUUAGUGAUUUAUCCAUGCAAUUUUUGUGCAAAGGUUAUUAGCCAUUCUAUUUGGUUGCUACCAAAAUUGCAGGCAUCUUUACUGCAUCUCAAACCAUAUUUGAUAUAUCGCCUUAUAUAAUGUACAUUUGUAUGGAUUUACAAUAUUGAUAUUGAUGUGAAUGAGCCUCCUGUCUCGAGCCAAGUCCAGUAGAGAAAGAAAAAGAUACAGGCUGUAAAAGCAACACAUGUAUCAGUUCAGCCAGCUCCAGUUACAAUUCUGGUUGGUUUUCCUAUA